GAGCUCGGGCUGCCCCGGCACCCUGCUGCCCCGGCCUGGGCCUGCUGCCGGCAGCGCUGGUCCUCCCUGGGGACCCUCUCUGGUCCCCACGUGUCCAGCCAGGCUGCUGGGGCCAGACAGUCGGGGCUGGGGCCCGGGGCUGGAGGCCAGUGCCUGGCGGGCCGGGACCCCACCUCAGCACGUGAAGGAUCUCUGAGGGGGGGGAGGGUUUUCUGCUGGGCCACCACUUCCGCUGGCUUUUGCAGAAGUGGUUUCUAGAGAUUCCACCCACCGAGGCUCGGUCUGCUGUCGGCAGGGCGGGCCUGCCGGGCGGCCGUGGAGGGAGGGCUGGCCUUUCACCUUCAGAGUACUGGAGAGUUCAAGUGGGGGUGGCAGGCUCCCUGAGUGCCCUCCCUUCAGGGACAGGCCGCUGGGGCCCAGAGUGUCCAGACAGCUGGCAGGCCGUUCCCGACUCCGAGGGGCCUUCCCGGCAGGACCGACAGGACCCAGCGUGCGCUGGACAGCCGGUGCCCCGCCCCCCGCCCCUGGAACCCGCGAACAUGCCAGGCAACUGCAUCACGCUGCCGGCCAACAGCACUGGCACUGCGCCCUGCCCCCUGCAGUUCGAGGAGAGCAGGCUGUGCCUGGUGGUGGUCUACAGCGUCGUGUGCGCGCUGGGGCUGCCGGCCAACUGCCUGACGGCCGUGCUGACGCUGCUGCAGGCGCUGCAGGGCAGCGUGCUGGCCAUCUACCUGUUCUGCCUGGCCCUCUGCGAGCUGCUCUACACCAGCACCCUGCCGCUCUGGGUGGUCUACGUGCAGAAUGGGCACCGCUGGGCCCUGGGGUGCGGCGCCUGCCGGGCGACUGCCUACAUCUUCUUCUGCAACCUGUACGUCAGCAUCCUCUUCCUGUGCUGCAUCUCCUGCGACCGCUACGUGGCCGUGGCCUACGCACUGGAGAGCCGCGGCCGCCGCCGCCAGCGGACCGCCGUGCUGGUGUCCGCCUCCGUCUUCCUGCUCGUGGGGCUGGCUCACUACCCGGUGUUCACCAUGGAGCUCCAGGAGCACAGCUGCUUCGAGGUCUCGCCCAUGGACGGCACGGUCGCCAGCUACUUCUACUCGAGGUUCGCCGUGGGGUUCGCCCUGCCGCUGGCCGUCAUCGCCUUCACCAACCACCGCAUCUUCAGGGGCAUCAAGCGGAGCGCCGGCCUGGGCGCCGCCCAGAAGGCCCGGGUGAGGCGCACGGUCACCGCGGUCGUGGUCAUCUUCCUGGCCUGCUUCGCUCCCUACCACCUGGUGCUGCUCAUCAAGGCUGCCGCCUUCUCCUACCACGGGGCCGCGGGUGGCACCACGGACACCUUGGAGUGCCAGCUGUACACGCCCACCGUGGUGUGCCUGUGCCUGGCCACGGUGAACAGCGUGGCCGACCCCAUCAUCUACGUGCUGGCCACAGACAGCUCUCGGCAGGAGGUGUCCAGAAUCUGCAGCAGGUGGCAGAAGUGGUCCACCAGGAUGGAGGUCACCAAGAGCUCGUGGUCGAAGGACUCGGAGGAGGCACGGUCGCCCACGUUGCUUGCGGACAGCUGCCCGUUCCCCAGGCCUCUCCAGCCCCCUGGGUCGCAGCCGGGCGCCCCGGAGCGGCUGGGCGAGGAGUCCUGCUGAGCCCCGUGUCCCGUGGGGCGGGCGGGCCGGCAGGGGAGCCCGGGGCCCGCUGCGUGGCCGCCCCGCCCGUGAGCCCACCAGCCAGCGUCGUGGCCCUGACGGUGAAGCUCCCGCUGCCCGGAGCCUCUGAGUCC